AUGUCCACCAUGUUUGUGUCAAACAAUAACUUAAGCGAUGGCUUCACCAUCCUGACUCAAGUGAUUCCAGCACAAGGAGCUCCGGCGCUAAACGCAGCUCAGAUCCAAACUCACAUUUCUAAUGGACAGCAAACAGGAGUGGUGGAAGAUGCUGGAACUUCAGCAAGGGAGAUAUUCAUAAAACGGCAUCCGAAAGCACUGGGCGCUGUGCAGAUUACAGUCGGUGUGAUGACACUUCUGUUUGGCAUAGUCCUCACGGUAAACCGCAGCACCUUGUCCGUUUACAGCAUGGUCGUCUACUGGGGGUCGAUAAUAUUCAUCAGUGCCGGGUCUCUGUCUGUUGCUUCGGUGAACAAGUUUAAUCCCUGUAUGGUGAAAGCUUCACUGGGAACAAACCUCAUCAGCGCUGUAACUGCAGGAAUCACCAUCGUUCUGUUUUCUCUGGAUCUGAUUCAUGGCCCUAAUAUUUACUGCUUUUCUGACAGCUGUGAACUGUUAAAGAGUGUGAUUAAUGGGAUCACUGGCGUGCUGCUGGUUUUCUCUCUGCUUGUCUUCAUCAUCUCCAUCUGCAUGGCAUUAUUCAGCUAUGAUGCCAACCACACUGAACCAACGGUGCAUGUAAGCCACCAAUUUCCCAACAGUGGGAUGUGUUGCUCCCACAUCAUUCCCUUCCACAGCCCCAGCAAUCAAGAGGGUGUGUAUGUGAUUCAGAAUGCAUACAUGAACACCAUGCAGGAUACAGUGAGCACACCUCCUCAAUACAGCGAGACUUAAGCUCAGUUACAGACACAAUCAGCAGACAUUGUAUAUCCUACAUAGUACACCAUGUGCUCAACUAAACAUUUCUGAUCUUUAAAUGUAUUCUUUUAUAUGUAGUAAAUAAGUUUGAAAUUGAAAGUUUUUAUACACCUGUAAGAAGAUUUUUGUAAAUGUUAAAAGUUCUGUAAUCAUGUUCUGUUGUAUCAUGUAUCUUUACUUUAUUAAAUUU